AUGAUAAUCGCCACGUGUCCACGCUCAGAUGAAAGCAUAGGUAUUUGAGAAAAAGACUUUUUUGAUUUUUUUGUUUUAUGUGUUUUGUGCGCAUAGUUCAGAAAAGACAAUCAGUUAAGUGACCACACAACAGUUCAAGAACAAAGCUAGUAGUUCAAUCACCAUAACAGUAGUUCACCGAGAAUAGACUGCAUGCAGCUGCGGGGAAAUAGCCACGUACAAAUAAGUUAGAUUUUUUUAAUAUAAAUGUGUAGAAGAGACUAAGUGGUAAACACUCAUUCAGCGAUGACACAAAAACCAAACUGAGAAAUAGCUAUGGCACAAUGUGAUAUAGUUCUAGUGAGCUCACUAAAGAACAUAGACUGAUGGCAAUUUAAAAGUUAAAUAGUCAGCUCAGAAGGUCUGUCAUUCUCAUCAGGGGCACAGUGAACAGACCUGGAAAGAGAGUCAGCGCUGAAAAGGAAAGUUAACACGGCCAAAAAAAAAACGAAACCUUGGAAAGUCUGGACUUGUGCGGUAAAGAUUACCUAUUUAUUAAACAUGGAUUGAUGUUAGGCACUUAGAGCCAGCUGUGGUACCAUAGCUUGAAACGUGUGCAAAAAGAGUCAAAAAACAAGGUUUCUUCGAUCGUUAACCGUUAUUUUUUCUACUUUCGCAGCGCGAGCUUUGUCGGGUUAUUUAGUAUAUCGAUUUCUUUUGGGCCGUGUUACCUUUCCAGGUCUGUUUUUAGGGAAGCAAGGGAUGGCGCAGUGGUGAGAGCGCUCGCCUCCCACCAAUGUGGCCCGGAUUCAAAUCCCGGCGGCGACGCCGUAUGUGGGUUGAGUUUGUUGUUGGUUCUCCUGUUUUCCCCUGUCCUCAAAAACCAACAUUCCAAAUUCUAAUUCGACCAGUAUUCAGGUAGACGAGGAACCACUCUAUGGAUCUGCUACCUCCAAAUAAUAAUUUAUUGAUUUAUUUAUUUUCACUGUGCCCCUGAUGAGAAUGACAGACCUUCUGAACAGACUAUUUAAAUUUUAAAUUGCUCUCAGUCUAAGUUCCUGUUUACUUUAGGGAGCUCACUAGAACUAAAUAACAUUGUGCCAUAGCUAUUUUUCAGUUUGGUUUUUGUGUCAUCGCUGAAUGAGUAUUUAGCACGUAGUUAAUGCUACACAUUUAUACUAAAAUGCUAACGUAUUUGUGGCUAUUUCCACCGUAGCUUCAUGUAGUCUAUUCUCGGUGAACUACUGUUGUGGUCAUUGAAUUACUUGUGUGGUCAUUGAACCACUAGCGUGGUUAUUUAACUGUUGUGUGGUCACUGAACUGAUUGUGUUUUCUGAACUAUGCACACAGAACACAAAAAAUAAUGAAAGCUGAAUUAAAUUUGUGAGCCUGUUUCCCAAUCACAUUAUUUUUUUAAAAAAGAGAAAAUGACAUAUGAACGUGGACGGAUAGUUUUCCCAUAUUUAAUAAUUAAUUUACUUUAUUUUCUUACAGGGAUUUGUCGGACAACAUGGUCAAACAGCUCGUACCAGGAGUAUUUGCAGAUCUCUCUUCGUUGCAGUUCUUGUAGGUAUCACAGUCUGCGUACCUGUGUCUCUACGCACAUCCACUUUUAUAUAAGUAGAACAACGUCAAAUGCCACAGUUACCGAGACAAUGAAAGUGGUGAAACUAAAUAAAUACGAAUAUAUUCACUCAAUUCAACUACAUUACGUCAUAAUACCAAAAAUACAAAAAGAUAAUGAUAAUGAUGAUAAUAGCAGUUUACUAUAUGCACACUCUGAGUCAUCUUAAAUUGGUGUUUUAAGCACUCUAAUUGGCUCACUCUCUAGGGAUAUUUACGAAAUAUUGAGUGAGGCUGUGUAUGGAGUAAAGAAUUGCGCUGAUCGAAGAUAUCUGCUUGAUUCUCGUAACUGUUUAUUGGACAUACGUGUAUCAUGUCACCUCAAAUUGUUCAUGCCUACUUUGAAAGCAUUAAAGGACUGUGGAAUCUUACAAAUAUAUAGGGAGGAGAACUGGUCGUAUGAGAAUAAGAACUGUUAAUUUAUUUGAUAGAACUAGCACUGAAUCAGGUUUUUCUCAGUUCAUUGCACCCUAAGGGUGUCAACUGAGUUUAUAACUUGCUUGUUGUUCCGAAACAGCCCCUACAAAUGCCAGCUAGUCUGUGCAAUGGGAGAGAUCAGCUUAGACUAUGCUGUACGAACGUAAAAUCUCUCAGGAACAAGUCGCCUGAUUUUCUGUGUUAUGCAUGUACUAUGAAAACGGAUAUUUUCGCAGUGACUGAGAAUUGGUUUUCUCAGCAUGAUAUUGGUUAUCGGAUCAAAGAAUCACCUCCUCGGUUUAAAAUGAUGAACCAUUCCCGCGUGGGCCGCACUAGUGGUGGAACAGCACUAUUAAUAAAUUACUCUCUCUUGACUUCAAAAAGUAGAUGCUGGCGAGAAAGUGUUGGGAAUGGAUUGUGGACUGUGGAUCUUGUUAACUUGUGAUCUUGAUUAUUUAUAGGAUACCGUAUUCUUCUAAAGAUCCGGUUACAACAGCCACAUUUUCUGAAGAAUUCACUUCCUACUUGGAAUCAUUCAUAAUGUCACUUGAAUCAUUGUUAAUUACUGGUGAUUAUGAAAUUCGUAUUGUUGUUCCUAGUGAUAUUAAACAUACACGCCUGUUGGGUUAG